GAUUAGGUAAUAUACAGAAAUCCAGAGCAACUUCCAACGGCUCGCCGGCCGCCCCUCUGUACCAUGUUCUCUUUUAUUUCCUCUCUCUCACUCUCUCUACUGCGAAACACCGUGAAGGCGUGAACCCCUUCUCCGAUUCAAAUUCCGGCUGCAACUUUCUGUGGCGGCCAUCACCAACGACCCACACGGCCAUCUCUGGCUCUAUAUUCUCCCAAUUCGAGACCCAUUUGCAGCCCAGCGGGUAGGGAAGAGAGGAGAAGGUGUAGCAGCGAUGAAGGUAGUGGCGUUAGUUAGCGGCGGCAAGGAUAGCUGCUAUGCUAUGAUGAAAUGCAUCCAAUACGGCCACCAGAUUGUAGCAUUGGCGAACUUGAUGCCGGCCGAUGAUUCAGUGGAUGAGUUAGAUAGCUACAUGUAUCAAACUGUUGGGCACCAAAUCGUUGUUGGUUAUGCAGAAUGCAUGGGAGUGCCAUUGUUCAGAAGGCGAAUACAAGGAUCUGCUAGGCAUCAAAAGCUUAACUAUAAAAUGACUUGUGGGGAUGAGGUCGAAGAUAUGGUUAUUUUGUUAAAUGAAGUUAAAAGACAGAUACCUUCCGUCACUGCUGUAUCUUCUGGAGCUAUUGCAUCUGACUAUCAGAGACUAAGAGUGGAAAGUGUUUGCUCAAGAUUAGGUCUUGUUUCACUGGCAUAUUUGUGGAAACAAGACCAGUCUUUGCUCCUUGGGGAAAUGAUAACUAGUGGCAUUCUGGCUAUCACAGUGAAGGUGGCAGCCAUGGGGUUGAACCCUGCAAAGCACUUGGGCAAAGAGAUAGCUUUCUUAAGUCCUUAUCUGCAUAAGUUGAAAGAGUUAUAUGGGAUAAAUGUAUGCGGGGAAGGGGGAGAGUAUGAAACAUUGACACUUGAUUGCCCACUCUUCAAAAAUGCACGAAUCGUGCUUGAUAAAUUUGAAACUGUUCUGCACUCUUCGGAUUCCAUAGCCCCAGUUGGGAUCCUUCAUCCCUUGGAAUUUCACUUGGAAAAGAAGGAGUCUGAUUUAUUGCAUGUUGAUGAUGGAACUGAUGGUAUUUGUUACCAGAAGAAUGGUUAUCUGUUUGAAGUGCAAGGACACUGCCCACCAAGAUCUAUAGCAUACAGCCAGACUAUUGUUGAAAAUACUCAUUUAAUUGAUGAAAAGAGUGAUGAUCUUCUCAUAUCUAAAGCAAAAAAUAAUAACACAUUUUCUAUCUGUUGCUGGUUGCAAGACUUUUGCAGAGCUUCAGCAGGCUUGGAAGACGAUCUACAGAUUGUUCUAAAGAAAAUUGAAUCACAACUUAUGGCACAUGAUUUUGGUUGGGAGCAUGUCCUAUAUAUUCAUCUCUAUAUUGCUGAUAUGACUGAGUUUACUUUGGCAAAUGAGAUGUAUGUGAAAUUUAUUACACAAGAGAAGUGUCCUAUUGGUGUCCCAUCUCGAAGUUGUAUUGCGCUUCCUCUCCUGGAAGCAGGUUUGGGAAGGGCAUAUAUUGAAGUUCUGGUGGCAAAUGAUCAAAGCAAAAGUGUGUUGCAUGUGCAAAGUAUCUCUUCUUGGACACCUAGUUGUAUUGGACCAUAUAGCCAGGCAACAUUGCACAAGGGGAUACUUUAUAUGGCUGGGCAGUUGGGGCUUGACCCUCCAACAAUGACUCUCUGUAAUGGCGGCCCCUUUGCUGAGCUGGAGCAGGCACUCAAAAACAGUGAUGCAGUGGCAAAAUGCUUUAACUGUUCCAUAUUUACCUCUACAAUUCUGCUAGUAAUUUAUUAUUCAUCUCAUAUCCCAUCAUCAGAAAGAGCCAAAAUUCAGGAUCGGCAGGAGUCUUUCUGCAAGCAAAUGAAAGCAUUUCAAACAGAAAAAGGAAGCACAUUGAAAUCGCCUGAUCCCGUGUUUCUAUAUGUACUAGUGCCUGAUUUGCCCAAAGGAGCACUGGUAGAAGUAAAGCCUGUUCUUUAUAUCGCAGAAGAUGUGGAAACUGCAAGUGUAACUACGGAAGACCUAUGUUUGACAUCCAAUUGUUGGGGCUUUCAGCAUGCACGAUGGCAUGAUUCUUGUAUUAAAAAAUGCAUUGUCCAUGGAAAUUUCUGUGCAAUUGUUAUGUGCAUCACCAAUGAAGUUGCUGUGAAGAUAAGUUCUGGGUCUCUGGGUGUUGAGCAGAAUGAUAGGGGUGCUCAAAAUCAUGGCAUGGAGGGGCAAAUGAAAAUAGUUUCAAGAUUUUGUGUUUAUCUUCUAGAUAAAGUUCUCGUGGAAAAUGGUUUUUCUUGGGAAGACACAAUGAAUUUGAGGAUAUACUACCCAGCAAACCUUGACGUGAUGCUGAAGACUCUGUCACUCAUGUUUGCGGAGGCAUUUAAAGAGCUUUCUGAAAUGGGCAGAUUUGUUCUCACUGGUGUGGAACCCAUCUUUAAUCUUGUUCCUGUGUUAGGCGCUGGUAGAUCUGCUGAAACCAUGGAUAAUAGGAUCACCUGUGAAUUAUUUGCUCAGAAGUCGUGAGCUUGUGUCGAAUCAUUGGGGUAUGGAUGCCUCUAGUAAAGGUAAAUGAAUACGCCAAAUUGGCGGGUUAUUAUGCUUUAAUCAACACUAUUUAAAUUCCGGUGUCCGGAGCUAAAUUAUGAUCCUGCCAUAUAUGUUGUACCAUGUCCCAGGGCAUGUGUCUUAAGUAAAUUGAUUCCCUAGUUAAUCUUGAAGCUGAGAUAGUGGGUUUGUAUGUGAGAAAUAAGAUACCAGGAGGAAACUGAAAAUGCUGAACUUUGUGAAAUUAUGAUUUUUGGGAUGAUAAAAUUUUUAUCAAGAUUGGAGCAUUCUUGUAAA